AUGCGCUGCAAAGUGAUUCCCCGUCCUCUCACCCACAUCCACAAACUACUCCCACACUUCCAGGUGGCGACUUUGCCCUCGACUACGCACAGACUGGCAUCCUCACUGACAAAGUCUGCUGUCGCAACCACACGGACGGCGGGUCUGAUCGGUGGCUUCUCGUGGCAGACUACGGCCAUAUACUACGAGGAAAUCAACAACCAUGUCAAUGCUAAACGAGGCGGUAUACACUCGGCCAAUCUCCUCAUCAGAUCCAUUGAUUACGAGGACCUCGCCUCACUGAUCGGCGCAAAAGAUUAUGUCGGCAUGACCAGACUACUUUGCCAGUGUGGUAUGGAGCUCAGAGCAGCCAAUGCACAGGCCUUGGUCCUCUGUGCCAACGUUGUGCACAAAGCCGCAGAGCAGCUGGAGGAGACGACCGGCCUGCCCGUGUUACAUAUUGUUGACUUCACGGCCCGGCAGAUUGUGGAUCAGGGCUUCAAAAAGGUCGGACUGCUCGCGACACGAGCGGUCAUGGAAGAGGACUUUUACAUCCGUCGGCUUCAGAGGUUCGGUUUGGAGGCGGUCGUGCCCAACAGCGAGUUCCGGGCCGAUGCCGACCGCAUGAUAUUUCAAGACAUGAGUAAACCCGAGAUUCCAGAACCCGUCAAGGCGAGAUGGCGCUCGGCGUACCAAGAUCUGCUGAGGGAUCACCAAGUCGACUGUAUCAUUCUGGGAUGCACUGAGCUCCGGCUCGUGUUCGGACCUGAGGACCUGACAGCACCCACGUUUGAGACGACCACCCUGCACGCAAGAGGGAUUGCUGAGUGGGUAUUAGGCCACGAGGGGUCGAUUUAG